AUGGCCUUCACCAAAGGAAGGCAAAUCAUGGAUGCUAUUCUGAUUGCAAAUGAGUGUGUUGAUGCCAGAAUGAGGAGCAAAGAACCAGGCAUUUUGUGUAAACUAGAUAUUGAAAAGGCUUAUGGCCAUCUGAACUGGGAAUUUCUACUGGGAAUCCUACUGAAGAUGGGUUUUGAUGAGAAAUUGAUCAAGUGGAUUAAGAUCAAGGGCUUCAGGGUGAACCAUACAGUUCCAGAGUCUCUGGAAGUCUUCCAUUUACUAUAUGCAGAUGAUACUCUGGUUUUCUGUGAUGCUAAUAGAGACCAGGUGCUCCUUCUGAGAGUAAUUUUCAUACUUUUUGAAGCUAUUUCUGGAUUACACAUUAACUGGAAUAAGAGCUUCAUUUAUUCAGUUAAUGAAGUAAUGGAGAUUCAUAGCUUAGUGAAUAUUCUGGGAGGGAGUACAGGAACUCUGCCAACAAUAUAUCUGGGAAUGCCUCUUGGAGCAAAAAACAAAUCAAAAGGGAUAUGGAAUGGUGUAAUUGAGAAAUGUGAAAAGAAGUCAGCUAUAAGAGUCAAUACCUAUCACUGGGAGGGAGACUUACACUAA